UCUAGCAAUGAGGAAGGAAGCACGGAUCGACACGUCGAGUCAUCCUUGAAUCAUUUUCUUUUUUCUUUUUUUUUUUUCCAACGACCACGUUCUAAGCCGGACAGGAAUAAAAAGUACGCGGUGCUGUUGCACCCAACGCAGUACCUGUUGAUACGUUUUCACGUCAAGGAUCUCGUGUUCACCGUUCACCGGGAAAAUCUGGAGGAGAUGGCACGCUACGCGGAAGAUGUCUACUACGAUUUCGCGAUCAAGUUAACCCACGAUGCCGCGCAAAUACUCAAAGCAGCUAUCAACGGUGCGAAGAAAGUAGACGAAAAGUUAGGCAAUUGGGACUUGGUAACGGAAUAUGAUCGAAAGAUAGAGGACGUGGUCAUUGGUCAACUAAAAGCAAAGUUUCCUAACCAUAGAUUUAUCGGUGAGGAAUCGACUGGAAAAGAGCUUCCAGAGCUGACCGACGAUCCCACGUGGAUCAUUGAUCCGAUCGAUGGCACUACCAACUUUAUUCAUGGAUUCCCUCACACUUGCGUUGUAAUCGGUUUGUCGAUUAAGAAAGAAAUGGUAAUUGGCAUCGUUUACAACCCUGUUCUGGAACAAUUGUUCACAGCGAGGAGAGGUCGGGGAGCGUUUUUAAACAACAAGCCUAUAAAGGUCUCUAACGUUCAAGAUUUGUCGAAAGCUUUGAUCUGCAUGGAAAGCGGUUUCAUAAAAGUGGAUCACAUGAGGGAAAAAACUAUCGAAAGAAUACGAGCAAUCGUUCUAGAAGCUCAAGGCAUUCGCACACUUGGCGUGGCGGCAUUGACGUUAUGCUACGUUGCAAUGGGAAUUGUUGAGGCUUAUUAUAUUGAGGGGCCAGGUAUCUCUACCUGGGAUAUCGCCGCAGCAUCGUUAAUUAUUUCCGAAGCAGGUGGCGUCGUUGUCGAUCGUGAAACAGGUGAAAAGAUCAACAUCAUGAAACCACGUGCAAUUGGGGCGUGCAACGAGAAAAUCGCGAACAAAUUGGUUGAACUUAUUCGCGAGGCUGAUCAAAGAGUGAAAUAGAGGAAUGGAU